GACGCCAGAGAGGCGCGCUCCCAGCUCAGAGCCGACUCGCAGACGCGCCCCGCCCCUCGGUAUCGCUCUGGACUGGCGCAGGCGCAAGCCGGCAAGAUGGCGGCAGCUGGAGCUGGCCGUCUGAGGCGGGCAGCGUCGGCUCUGCUGCUCCGGAGCCCCCGCCUCCCCGCCCGGGAGCUGUCGGCCCCGGCCCGACUCUAUCACAAGAAGGUUGUUGAUCAUUAUGAAAAUCCUAGAAACGUGGGGUCCCUUGACAAGACAUCUAAAAAUGUUGGAACUGGCCUGGUGGGGGCUCCAGCAUGUGGUGACGUAAUGAAAUUACAGAUUCAAGUGGAUGAAAAGGGGAAAAUUGUGGAUGCUAGGUUUAAAACAUUUGGCUGUGGUUCUGCAAUUGCCUCCAGCUCAUUAGCCACUGAAUGGGUGAAAGGAAAGACGGUGGAGGAAGCCUUGACUAUCAAAAACACAGAUAUCGCCAAGGAGCUCUGCCUUCCUCCCGUGAAACUGCACUGCUCCAGUAAGUCUCUGCUCUCCAUACCAGUCAGCUGGGACAUUUGGCGUGCUGGCUGAAGAUGCAAUCAAGGCCGCCCUGGCUGAUUACAAAUUGAAACAAGAACCCAAAAAAGGAGAAGCAGAGAAGAAAUGAGCCCUCCCUCAGCGAAGCCUCCAGCAGGCCACACCAGCUGUUUCCCACCUGCUGUGCAAUCACCUUAGAUGUUCAGAAGCCGCUCCCUCUCCACUGAAGAGCUAUGAGAUAACGCACAAUACUUGCUGUUCACGUUAUGACUCUCAUGCAAGCAAAAUACACAGUUUCAUUGUUCUGAAUCCCGUGGUUUCUUUCAGUCCACUUUUAUCGCCUUAACCUAGUUAAUGUAUAUUUUGAAUUGUGUGUAUGACCUCAGAACUGAAAUUGAUAAGUUGCAAGUGUUGAUAGCCCAUGAAGUGCAUAAGUAUCUAAUUUUACCUGAAUUGAUUUGGGGGGAAAUUACCAGUAGAAUGCCUUUGUCUGAAUAUACAACUAAUUGUUAUACAUAAAACAGAUCUGCAUAUCUAUAUAUAUAAAAAAUAAUAAAACAAUGGAAGAU